AUGGAUCACUCGCUGCCGCUCAACAUGUACGACGACGUGGAUGCCUUCUUGGACAUGGACGCGCCCUAUAUCUAUGAUGAGCCUGAACAAUAUCUGGACACAGCCAGCUCAUCUGAGUCUACGAGUCCCAUCAUGUCAAGCUUUGAUACGACCUUUGUGAAUGACUUCAAUGGCGUGGACCAGAGCAUGUAUCCCAGCCCCAUGAGCUCGAAUCGCGACACAGCAUCACCGCAACCAACUUCGGACGAUAAGGCGACUACCGCCAAAGCACCCGCCAAGAGGAAGCGCGAGAACCGCUAUAAGAAUGCCCCGCCAUCAGUCCUUUCGCGCCGUCGGGCACAGAACAGGGCCUCGCAACGCGCGUAUCGCGAGCGCAAAGACCAGCGUAUCAAGGACCUCGAGGUCAUGCUUUCCGAGCAGAAGCAGAAGAACGAUUCCCUCGGUCAAGCCUACUCGUCCCUUCAUGCCGAGUACCUCAAGCUCCGGGGCUUGCAGUCGAGGACGCAACAGGUUCCGCGGCAACACACUGCACCACCAAUGUCUUACGACGCAACCGCUGCCGCCGCCGCCGCUCACAUGGUCAUGCCCACGCAUACAGGGACAAUGGAUUUUGCCGACAACAUGUAUAUGUUUCAAGAUAUGCAGAGUUAUACCCUUUGA